CACGACCCAACUCGUUGCGCGCCGCGGUAUUUUACUUUAGAUAGCGAUAUCGCUGAUAACGCUAGUCAUAACUAUGCGUUAUAUUACUGGCGAAGAUGUCUUAUGUGCUGAGGCAUCAAGAUAUCUAUUCAUUUACUUAAGAAAUAAAAUAAUACUGUAUGACGUAUAUUUAUCUACGUAUUCCAUUUAAAAUUGAUGCGAUAAGAUUAUUCAGAUAAUGAACGAUAAUUCAUCGAACAGUAAAUAAUUUACAAUAUUAAUAUCGAAUGGGUGUUUAAUUAAUAAAUGUUGAAAGAUGUACUACUACUGCCUUGCUCAUAUUUUAAUUUGUUGUUUGACUUUGCAAGUAGUGAAGAGUCAAACGUGUAACAGUGCUCAAGCAUGCAUAACAGAUUUGGAACAGUCUGACUGUGGUGUGGGGUUCGAGUUAGUUUCAUAUCAUAGUAUAUUCGGUUGCUGCCCUGGAUGUCGGCGAAUUGGAGAAGGUGGCGGUGGUGGUGAUGAUAGCGAUAACGAUCAAGAUGACAAGUGCAGACCUCCCUCUCAAUGUCUAUCUGAUGGGAGUUACGCACCAGUGCAGUGCAAAGGCGACAUGUUUACUGGUCGAUGUUUUUGCACGGACAUGGAAGGAAACAGAAUAUUUGGACAAAUGUGGCGACGAGAGGCGAGUGAAAUGAGUUGCGCUUGCAGUCGGGCCAGACACGAGCUAGAAGUCGAGGGACACGUCGUGACCCUGCACUGCACACCCAACGGGGACUACGAGCCGCUGCAGUGCAACGAGGGGAUGUGCUGGUGCGUGGAGCCGAGCACGGGCCAGCCUACCGUCAUCCCGAUGCCACAGGCUGAUAUGAACCGGCUUCCUUGUUAUAGUGCGUCAGUAAUCGGAGAGCAGUAUUUGAGAAGAUGCGAAAGUAUCGUGUUUGCUUUGGAGACCAUAUAUAGAGAACAAUCGGAGCACGGAACCAACUUCUACGGUAAUCCGACAACUUUCUGCGACUACGACGGCAGCUAUGGGCCGUAUCAAAUACAAAACGGCAUAGCCUACUGCACGGGUCGAGAUGGAAAUAUUCUGGGGUCAUGGCAAGUUAUCUCGAGCGAGAUGGAUGGAGUUAAUUGCAAUUGCGCUCGUGAUACUUCCAUCAUCUUCCCAGAACGAGGUAUGACGGUGUCAGAAGUCUGUCAGGCAAACGGCAAUUACCGACCGAACCAGAUCGCAAACGGAGUCGUGUACUGUGUGGACUCUGACGGUUACCCUCUGGAGAGAGAUGACUGGCCCUCCGCGUGUACAAACGCUCUCAACGGAUUAUCAUUAAAUGUAACCCUAUCUUAAAACUAUUUGGAUUCGGUCGCGGCGUGAAAACAAUUCCUUUGUCUAAAUGAAGAUUGCUUUUUAGGCCAUACAUUUCAUAAAUAAUAGAGUUCGCUUUCAUUUAUUGUCUACUAGCUGACCCGGCAAACGUUGUUUUGCCAUAUAUAGUAUAAUUCACGCGAUAGUUUUAUAAAUAAUAGCCUAUGUGUUAUUCUGGUGUGUAAGCUAUAUUAUUGUAAAGUUUCUUAAAAAUCCAUUCAGUAGUUUUUGCGUUAAAGAAGUACAAACAUACAUCCAGACAUACAAAGUCUCACAUUUAUA